AACCAUGCAGAGGAGGUAGAGCGUGAAAAUGGUCAAAGUAACGCGGUAGAAGGACGGCGCACCUAGAUAGGCAAGUAGGUUGACAAGCAAGUUAACAAACAGGCAGAAAGACGGCAGACAGGCAGACAGGUAGGCAGGCAACCUGUUAAGAAGAAUGGAUGGACGAAUGACUAGAUGGAUGGACGAAAAGGACGAAGAAACCAACCCAUCCCAACCUGCCAUCCCAUCCAAUCCCAGAAACGAACAACCAGGAAGGAGGAGGAUGAAGAAGGAAGGAAGAGCAUGAAGCCCAGGAAGGCAGGAAGGAAGCGAAACCCCAAAAACAAAAAAACAAAAAAAAAAAUACGUUCAAAAAAUACAGUUGUCCAUAAAGUAAGAGUAAAACAAAGAGGGGAAAAAAAGGAGUUUCACCCGUCCAUCCAUCCAUCCAUCCAUGCCCCAACCCACCAAACCCCCACCAAAUUUAUAUAUCAAUCAAUCAAUCAAUAUCGCCGUACCGUCAAGUCAAGUCAAGUCAAGCCGUCCGUCCGUCCGUCCAUCCAUCCGUCUAAAAAAAAAAAACGAGGAUCUCGUCCGUCCGUCCCAUCUUACUCUCGUACUCUCCUUCCUCUCCUCUCUCUCUCUCCAUCUCUCCAUCUCUCCAAUCCACCUAAUAUCAACACAGACACGCUCACGCAGACAGAGAACCACUAUACCGCCCAUUAACCAAACCUCCCCUUUCUAACUCCACUUCCACUUCCAACUCGGCAUCACUUCCCCCCAGACAUCGCCUCCCACCUAGCCACCAGUCCCGAAACCUUGCGAUUCGGCAUCGGGCCAGGCGCAGGCGCAGACGCAGAUCUCAAAGCAGAAGAAGGCGAAGAAGA